GUCACCCUUUCCUCUUUGGGUGCUGAGACCCGAGGGAGGAGCUGGGCCCCCUGGGCCUCUGGUGUACCCCUCUCUGGUUCUGGGGUCCGCAGGAGAGAGAGGAGCACCUCUGCCUUUAGGGGACGCUGCUUGCUUGCCGGGAUGCUUAACCCCGGGAAAGCCUGGGGCCGGCGGACAGCUGCGGUGACAUCAGCAGGAAGCGAGGAUCGAGUUACUCAGCCCGGGGUUCCAGUUUCCAGUUUCCAGUUGUUUCCAGCGCAGCAAGUCGGGAGUCGGGAGUUUUCUUCCCGCGCAAACGGAAGCUGCCCGCGAGGACUCCGAUCCGGAGCUUGCUUUGCUGCAGGCGCUUUUCCUGCGGCCCACCCGGGCGGGCGGCGGGGCGCGGAGGGAAGGUAUCUGUGGAGCCCAGAACUGGGCCAAGGAAACGUAUAGGAACUCAGCAAGCUGGGAGUUAUCAUUCCCCAGUACUGGCCCCACCUCCGUCCUUUGAGCUCAGGUUGGCCAUGGCCUUGAAACGUCAAAGUCUGGGCUCCAGUCCAGAAGAGCAAAGCGGCAUGCACUUUCAGGAGAUGCUUCUGAACAUCGACUCGAACCUGACGGCGCAGGACGUGGAGGGCCUAAAGUUCCUCUGCACCGGCCUGGUCUUCGAGAAGCGGCUGGAGAGCUGCAGCUCGGCGUUAGAUCUGUUCGACCUCCUCCUGGUGCAGGAGCUGUUCAGGGAGGAUGACCCCUUCUUCCUGGCUGAGCUUCUGUAUGUCAUCAAGCAGCACGCGCUGCUGUCGCGCUUGGGGUACACCAGGGAGUCGGUGGAGCAGCAGCUGCCAGCCCGCGGGAGGCUGUCCCUGUUCAGAAAACUGCUCUACGAGUUGUCAGAAGCUAUCAGCACGAAGGAGCUGAAGGAGCUGACCUUCCUUCUGCGGAACCAGAUUCCCAAAGCCCAGAUGACUUCCCUAGGUUUGCUGUUGUGUCUAGAGAAGAACAGAGUAAUAGAGGAAGACAAUCUGAGUGUUCUGGAGGAGGUCUUUACAAAGGUUAUACCCAGCCUUGGGAAAAAGAUAGAGAACUACAAAAGAGAGGAAGCUGCCCAGAAAGCGAUGUCUCCUGCAGACCUGCGCCCCGGAGAGGAGGAGGUGUUUUCCGGGUCAGAUGUUAAACAGUUCCUUGCAGCCCUACCGGAGGCAGAUGUGUACCGGAUGGACCGCAAGCACAGAGGGCACUGUGUCAUCAUCAACAACUGCAACUUCCAGGGCUCCCUGAGUGAGAGACAGGGGACUCACGUGGAUGCUGAGGACCUGAGGCGUGUGUUCCAGUGGCUUGGCUUCACUGUGCACACAUACCAUGACGUGACUGGCGAAGGCAUGCAAAGGAUUCUGGAGGAGCAGAAGAAUAACCCAGGCCACGUCGACGGAGACUGCUUUGUGUGCUGCAUUCUGACCCACGGAGAGCUCGGGGGCAUCUACGCCUCAGACUGGGUCUUCAUCCGCCUGCAGGAGAUCACGGCUCACUUCACCGCCCAGCGGUGCCGGGGGCUAGCGCACAAACCGAAGCUCUUUUUCAUCCAGGCCUGUCAAGGGAAAGAGGAGCAUCCUUCUGUGCUCGUUGAAGCAGAUGCUCUGAAUCCUGAGCAGGUGUCCCCUACCCUUCAGGGUGCUAUUCCAGAUGAGGCAGAUUUCCUGCUCGGUCUGGCGACUGUCCCCGGCUAUGUGUCUUUUCGGCACAAGGAGGACGGUAGCUGGUAUAUUCAGUCUCUGUGCAAACAUCUGAAGAACCUGGUCCCAAGACAGCAGGACAUCCUGUCCAUCCUCACGGCUGUCAACUGUGAUGUGAGCCAACGGGCAGACUCCACUGGGAAGAAGAAGCAGAUGCCCCAGCCCGCUUUCACACUCAGGAAGAAGCUGGUGUUCCCUGUACCCCCGGAAGCACUGUGACAAGGGUUCAUCGGCUCCUAGGCCUGAAAGGAACCUUUGCUUAUUCCUGUGACCCCCACCUGACCCAGCAUCAGCGAUGGAUGUGAGCUGGUCUCCAACCACUAGAAAAUGUGCUGUUCUAGGACACAUGGUGAUUCUGUUUUUCUUUUCUUUUCUUUUCCCCUGCAAAUCUAAAUGUUAGCAGGGCGUGCUGGUACAUGCCUGUAAAUUUGAGGCCAGCCUGGGCUACAAAGUGAGUUCAAGGCCAGCCUCAAAUAUAUAGUCAGACUCUGCCUCAAAAAUUGAAAAAAGUACAUCUAAAUGUUAGAGAACUUGCUUUCCUGAAGACUUGGUGUAGCCUGGCUUUGGUUGUGCACCUUGGAGAGAGGCAUAAUUGGCUGCAAGGUGCAGGUGGGGUCAGGGGCAUUUUGAGGUUGCUUCAAGCUCUAAGAACCACUUCUGCGCCUGAGCCAGGCUCCUCUCUGGACGACCAUCCCUGGGCUACAUCUCCAUGUCCCUUCCGAUGGCUGCGGGCCUUGGGUGGUGAGCUCGCGGUCAGUCCUCCCUGUGCUCCUCUUUCCUAAGUUUCUCUUCACAUCCAGUGAGGUGAUAGUUUGAUCCACCCGCAGGCUGUUUCUGGCUUAGGCUAAGGGAGCUGCCCAAAUGGGAGGUGCUUUUCUUGGGCGGGGACAGGUUUGGUUCUGGGAAGGAAACAGCUCGCCCUGAAGAGCAACUUGAUCAUGAUCUGGGAACAUAGCCCAACGUCAGAUUCUGUGUGCUGGAACUGGAAGGCAGGGAAGAGGACAAGUUGCCACUCGUGCCUGGAACCCCAUGAUAGGCAGCACUGGCCCCAGCGUGGCUGGACCAGGGCUCAGUCUACAGGAUGCACCUCGCUUGGCAGUGUGCUCUCAGGUCAGCAGCUGUGGUGCCCAGAUCGCAGUAAAUGAUCCCACCCUGUCACCAAACACCGUGCAGCUCAUUCCAGAGGGCUGGAAAGGAGCUGCUGCAGCAGAUGGGUGUCAGGAGAUGCCUUGGGUAUGGGUAUGGACCCAAUGGCUUUUUACAUUAAGAUCUGGGGCAUUUUUAUGUACCUGAACUUUUUAUUUAAUUCCAAGAGUAACAUUUUCUUUUAAUUCCUGGAAACAUACUGUGAUUCCUUGAAGGGUUGAUGGAGGUGGAAAAUCCCAUGUGGAGGCCUCUAUUCACAGAUGCAGGAGCCAAGCCCGGGAGGUAAAGGGACUGCUCAAUGCCCACCAGACCCGGGCAGAGGGUCCUAUCUCCUAACGAGCAGGCUGGAAUACUGAGCAUCACCCCAGGGCAGAGCCAAAGAAUGAGGAGAAAGAGCUCUCAGGAAUGCUUGACUUUAUUAUUAUUUACAUGAAAGUCAAAUCCAUGGACAGUGAAUUUGCUGGGAAGCUUUUUAGGCACCCGGUUAUAAUGUAGCUGAUCACUGCCUACAUUUGAAUGUAGCCUUACUGGGGAAAAUAAGGCUAAUGCACAUGUCAGGAUGAGGCUCCCAAACCACUGCUCAUACAAGUCAAGCUAAAGGCUGCUCACAGUUUUUGUCCAAUUGGAUACACGUAGCCGAGGGCCACUUUGCCAUAGGUAAAGGCUGGUGUCAUGCAAAGAGCAAAAGGGUCUGGAAAUCCAACCCUGGGGUUUCUGCUCUGCACAGCAGCUCUGUGUCUGAGAUACUCACUUAAUCAAGCUCGCUUUCCGAGCCUUCUCUGCAGAGGAAUAGUAGCAGGGAUGAAGGGCAGCGUGCCCGUGAGUGCCCACUGGAAUGGAAUCGUGGCCCUUAGGGGCUGGGGCGUGUGGUAAGAACCAAACACAGAGAGCGGGGCUCAGAGUCCUCAUCUAACACUAGCAACAUCCUUGGAGCCAGACCUGGGCCCGCGCCCUACCGGCGGGGUUCCUGGUGUCCCUAGCCCGGCAGGCCAGCUCUUGGCUCCAAGUCCAGCUCACACUACUGAUGAAAUCUCCCUCGGAAACACUUUUUAUUUGAUGUUGACAUGGUGGGCCCAUGGUCUGUUUCCUGUCUGUUUUGCUAGAAUGUGGUGUUUUCGCUAGGCUAAGUCCUAGGAUUGGUGCAGCACUCACAAGAUCACCAUGCCCUCCUCUUGCUCAGGAUGAGAAUAUUUACAGAGCAAGGAUCCUGUCUUCCUGCUGAGUCUCUCAGUUUAACUUCUAAACUUCUCAGGUUGACACAGUAUAGCAGCCAUAACAGUAAUCUUUCAACCUUUUUUUUUUUUUGGUACCUGGAAAUGAACUCAGGACCUUGCACUUGUGCGGCAAGUGCUUAUGCCACUGAGCUAUAUCCCUGGUGCUUUUUGCAUGAUGAACUCCUGCUUUACUCUGCCUUAUUUCUGUUAACUUUUCCCAGGGAGGGACUCACACCACAAGUGCAUUUGGGCUUGAAAGGACUGGUGGUGCCGAGCCCCAGCUUCAGGGUGUCAGGCGCCUCCCUGAGGGGUCGCAGCCUCGAGGGGGAUGUGCCUUCUGUGUCUCCCUCCGACUUGCGCCUCCCCUGCCUGAUUCACUUUAGGACAGCUUUGGUUGUUCUUUUUCCCUGAUGGGCUGCAGCCUGGUUCUGUAGAACUUGUUUGAAACCACUGCUCUCAUCCUGAACUCUGGAGUCAGGCCAAGCUUGCCUGUGGGCAGGUUCUCUGGUGAGGACCCGUGUAUCGAAUCUUUUAACUUUUUCUGGGUUUUGUUGAAAGCCCACCGGUUGGUCUUACAGAUGAGGGAUGAAUGUAACAGCACAUUUGUAUCUUUGAGCAGAAACUAAAUUUUUGAAUUUAGUUAAAAAAUUUUUUUUAAAUAAUGGAAUGCUUUUUAAAAAAACAAUAGAAGACCCUCUGUUUAGUGACUCAGGCCAGGGCAGGAUUAUUAUUUGAGUCCACGUGAGCAACUUCGUAGAACCUGUCUCAAAAUAAAAUUUAAUAAAGCACUAGGGGCUGGGGAUGCACCUCACAGUGCAGCGCUUUCCUGGCAAGCACAGGGCCCUGAGUUUGGUUCCCGUACCAGGAAAUAAAAAUGGACAGGAGCUCAGUGCUGAUGUUCCUGCCUCACCUCAGACCCUGGGACCAGAGAGGGACGGAGACAGGCGUUUCUUACCAAGGCUUUGGAAAAUUUGAAUUUUAAAAAGGUUUUCUUUUGAAAAAUUUUAGAUGGCUGUCAUGGUUUAUGUCUGUGGCCCCCAGGGCUCAGGAGUUUGAAUUGUGCAUUUGUGAUUGGUUCAUUGUCUAGUGCUUAGAUUGAUGGUGUCAGUGCUCCACCCACAAAGAGGUGGAGCCAGGAUGUGAUGUAAUGGCAGGAAGAAGGUGUGUCUUGCUCUUUGCUGGUUCCUGUUUGCUGUUUGCAGCCGCCAUGAACUGCGGCCCUGCCAUGCCCGCCUGCCUGGGAGCCAACUGAGUGUGGACUAAAACUUCCAAAAACUGUAAGAAAUAAACCUUUCCUUUUCCCAA